UAACAUUUGGUUCUUCUUCAUGUAUUUUACAGUUUUGCUUGUGCGUAGAUUGGCACUUUGACCGGCCUGGCAAUGCCUGGGCUUGCAUGGCUCGUCAUGCUUACUAAAUGAUAAUUGAUAGAGCAAAGAACAGCAUGAACAAACAUGACGUGGCCCUUGCAGAACGUUAGCGCAAGGAAACUGAAAAAACCCGUUCCAACAAUAGACAGGAGACCUACAUUUUAACUUUUGGAUACACCUUGGUCACGUUGGUAGAUAACAAUUGACAUGUUCAAUCUGGAUAAAUACUCUGAAAAACGCUAACUUCUAAGUGAGCAUCACUCAGAACUGAGUGGUGCUCAGUAACUAAAUUUGAUGUUGUGAGAAGAGAGCAGGGUUUUGAGUUUCGAGGGAAAUUAUGAGGGGAAACUGUUUUAAUACAUGACACGUGGUGGACUCAAAGUUGCGCGGCUGGUUUGUCAGUAAGGUCACAUUUUCUCACAAUUUACAUAGAAAAAUGUCCAAAAUAUAGGAUCGGUGCAAGAAAACGAAGAUUGCCUUUGUUUUUCUAGGGGCUGAUCAGUUUUACAAGAUAAAAAUGACAAAAACUGGGGGUUCCCAAAUAUACAAUCCCCUUUAUUGGACCGUGGAAUUCGGACAUGCCUGCACCCAUGCUGGAUUGAGAUCAUGUGGAUUAGGAAUUGAAGAAUAGGCCUAGUUCUUCACAUUUUUCUCAAUGUACCAUUCCUUUGUACCAGCUGCAGGGGGUCUGUAGUAUGUUUGACCGUUGCAGUGCAUCAUGGGAUUGGAUGACGAACAGCUAAUUUGUUUUAGUGUAUUUAAUUCCCAGUCCAGGCUGUGUUAGAAGUAUAACGUCUGUGACUGGUGACCGUAUACACGUAGUCGCCAGGUCCUUAAUUUCAUCACCUGUUGUAAAGUCUGAUUGGUUUUCACAGUAAGUGGCCACAUAAGGAACCUGGCAACUAUAAGGCACUCUAUGGUCUUGUGCAGACAGAUGUUAGGCCUGCCUGUAAAAAAAGAAAGAAAUCAUCACCACCUUGUCAAGUACUUGAAAUCAAGCUGUCCUCUUUUUAUGUAGCAUCAAAGAGUUGAUAUAAACUUGUUCAUAAUAAAAUGAAGCUUACCAGAAAUAGAAAUUGUACAUCUUGGACGUACUGGAUUUAGAGUGUAAAUUCAGUGAAGUUGUGUUGGUAGGAUGGCCCUGUAGAGGUGGUAGACACCGGUUCCAUCUUGCUACUCACUGGCUGUUUCCUUCUUGAUGAGCAGGUGCUUCAAGAAAUAUUCUGACGAAAAUGCAUUGAUUUUAGACUGGUUCACUUCCCAUAGAUUCAUGCAUAAAAUUCAUGACUUUCUUGACAUCGAGUCCCAUGAUGCAAUGAAAAUGUCAGAAAAGGUUUAUCUGUGGGCCCGAUGGAUAGGGGCAUGAAAUGUAGCCUGGUCAAGCCACCUGCAGCUUCAGUACUUAUAGUCCUGUUUGACUUUGACAUAUUACUUGAGAAAAAAAUUGUCUAAGUUUUAUUCAGUGUAUAGUCGCGCUCAUUUCAUGAGUCAUUCAUUGUUUUAUUAUAACAGAUGAUGGAAAGAAAGUAUUUUCUUGUCAUAUGUUUUUGGAUUUCAGGUGUGUCAACAUAUUUUUCAUUCUGUCUUCCCCACCUUGUUUUCUUUAACGUAACACGUACAUGUACACUGCCUCUGACUGACCAUCCUUGAGGCGGUGUUUGAUGAAAGGAAUCAUGCAUCCUCUGGUCAACAAAUAUUGGCAGCUGUAUUUGUCAGCGUUAAUGUGAUACCAAUAGUGGAAGCGAAAGGGGCUGUACUGUACCACAAGGUCCGACAUGAGAACAUUUUAUUUCAACCCCAACCUACGCUGGUUGGUGCUGGGAGCUUUGGCCUUCCUACCGUUCUUCCUUCUUCUGCGGUCGAUGGCGGUCUCUGCUCCCGACGAGGAGGCAGCGGCAGACAGAGUUUCCAAUGACAGGGUGCAGCAGCUGGAAGAGGCCGUGGUGGAGCUGCAGAAGCAGCUUGCCGAGGAAAAGGACCUAGAGAAGGACCUGAUGGAGACGCUACAGAAGUACAAGAAGGUCAUCGUCAAGCGGAGCCGGGCACCGGCCACCGGAGCCUCGCUCCCGAAUGGCGGCCCCUCCGAGGAGAAGUUCCUGGACUGUCAGGCCAUCGACAGGAUCCAGAUCACACAGCAGGUCGCUCAAGGUCACAGCAAGGUCGUCCAGGAGGGCAAACUAGGGGACAAACACUAUGCCGUGAAGAGCACCAGCUACGACGUGAAGAUUGUGAAAGAUUGUGUGCAGGGUGGGACAUACAAGAAAAAAGAAGACUGUUUCAUCCUUGGGACCUAUCAGGUCCUGAAGGAAGCCAUGAUGUUGAAGCAGCUACAGCAUCCAAACAUCGUCAGACUGCUCGGCCUCUGUGUGCGCAGCGAGAACAGCAGUCCCAUCAUUCACGAGAGAGGAGUCACUGUCAUCGAGGAGCUUGGCUCCCCGGUAUUCCUCCGCGAUCUGACUGACAUGGACUUCAGAGCCAAGAUAGAAGUCUGUCUUGACCUGGCCAGGCUCCUACAGUACCUGGCUGACUCUCCCAUGGGCAGCGUGGCCAUCACUGACUGGAGGGACGAACAGUUUGUGUUCGUCGGUGGCCAGCUGAAGAUUGCCGAUGUGGACGGACUCAACAGCAAAGAGCCAGCUUGCAAUAAAGACAUGAAGUGCCUCAUUAACAACAUGCCUUAUGGUAUAAGAUGUGCCAAGAACAUGGAGUGCCCAGGUACCAACGCCAGGACCAACCUCCUGCAGGCCCGAACCCACUUCCUUGACCCCAUGCUGGGCAACGGCAUCCCAGUAGAGUGCCUGGCCAAGACCACGGCGCUCCUCACCGAUGUGCAGAACAACAAGUUGGACGCGGAGGAUCUGGUGGACCGUCUGGAAGACCUGCUGAAGUUUGUCGACACGGUAACCAAGUUGCCACCAUUGGAGGUGGAGAGAGGACAGGAAGAUUACUACUGAGAAUGCCCAAAUUGUUUGAAAUGAUCUUGGUCACAGUGCCUCUCUACAGCCAUAAUGCACCUGUAAGUUUGCACCUCCUGGAAUAUACCUUAUUCACAGGUGACCAUUUUCAGUCAUGUUCCCCGAAUCUAUCUUAUCUUAUGUUAUAAAUGUGGCUUAAAACAUUAAGAACAUUUAGUUGUAAAUUUUUCAUUAUUUCAUCAGCUUGCACAAGUGUUCAUUUCUGCUAAAAUUUUAUUUCAUUGCCUUCAUUUCCACUCUCAGGUUCCCAGAAUGAAUAUUUUACCUUGCUUUAAACUCUGUUAGGCAGACUGGUAAAUAGGUUUGCUGACCAUUCAGUAAUAUAGCACAGUCCACUUAACGUGGCCUCUGUCGAGGCUACAGGGCCCGAUUACAUGAAGCUCCUAGGCAGAAAACAUUGCUCAGUUGAUUUUUGUGAUAAAUAUACAUGGGCAGAAAACUGGUCCCAGGUGAUAUGCCUUGCACAACACUUAGGCCAAUAACCUGUUUCUGCUAAGCAAAUUUUCCAUGCUUAGCAAAUUCCUGUCCUUGGCAGCUCUGUAAAAUUCCCUUAGGUGCAUUUUCAGGUGACGUUGGGUACAACGUGAAACCUGUUAGCACAUUGGAUCUUUCUGUCUCUUUUUACUGUACUGAAGUUCGACCCCAUUCCUUCUUUGAGCAUUCAGCGGAGUCAGCCUUUUCUACUGGCUGUGCAUGCCAAAAGGUCCAAAGCAGUUGAAUAGCUUCAAAGCAUGGUUCAUUUGUAGCUGCCUACAUUUAUGAGUCAACAUUUUUCUUGCAUGGACUGUUCAUUAACCACUCCGUGCCAGG